AUGGAGAAGCUUAUUUCAAGCAGGUACAAGGAAAGACCCUUGCCUGAGACUUACAUAUUCCCACCUGAUGCAAGACCAGGGAAGCUUGCCGUUCCUUUGUGCAACAACAUUCCAGUGAUCGAUUUGGGCGGUGGAGCAGAAGAAGCUUCGGAAUCUGAUGACCGAAGAACCUAUAUAGUUGAGCAAAUACUCAAGGCUAGCCAAGAAUUUGGAUUUUUUCAGGUAAUUAAUCAUGGCAUAUCAGAACAUUUGUUGAGUGAGACAAUGGGUGUGUUCAAGGAGUUUUUUGAAGAGUUGCCUGCAGAGGACAAAGCAAGCCUCUACUCUGAGGACCCCAACAAAAGCUGCAGGCUCUUCACCAGCAGCAGCACUGGAAAUUAUGAAGGGGAAGAUGUUCAUAUCUGGCGUGACUGCCUAAAACACCCUUGUCAUCCUCUUGAGGAAUGCAAGCAUGUUUGGCCUCAAAAACCAAUUAGAUAUGGAGAGCUUGUUGGGGCAUGUUCCACACAAGUGAGGGAACUGGCUUCGAAUAUUUUGGAGCUAAUCGGCGAAGGACUUGGUGUUGGAGAUGGGUAUUUUAGGGAUGAACUAAGCCAACAAAUGUUACUCUCAGUUAAUUAUUACCCACCUUGCGCAGAACCAAGUUUGACACUGGGAUUACCUAAACACUGUGACCCAAACCUCAUAACCAUUUUACUUCAAGGGGAUGUAAAUGGUCUUCAAGUUUUCAAGGAUGGGGAAUGGAUUGGUGUGGAGCCUCUUCCACAUGCACUGGUGGUUAAUGUAGGUUACCAGUUACAGAUUAUCAGCAAUGGCAAGUUGAAAAGUGCUGAACAUCGGGCAGUGACGAAUUCAAGUGAAGCUCGGAUUUCAGCUGGGUUUUUCGUGAUGCCUUCCAAUGACUGCCUUAUAGAACCUGCUGCAGCUCUUAUUAAUGCAAGCAAUCCCCAACUUUAUAAAGGCUUCCAAUACAAAGACUUCUUUCUCAACUUCGGUACAAAGCUAGGUAAAACCGAACAAGUACUGGAUCGCUUUAAGCUCCAAGCAAGGCUAGCUAGCUGA